AAAAUCCGAAAAUGACGAGAAGCGAUUUCAAUCUCUUUUGAAAAUUUAUUUAUCAAACGUACGUUCAAAAAGGUCAAAAUACAAAAUACAUUGAUAGUCGCAAACACCGCAUAAAUGACAAAUAUUUUUGCAUUUCUAAAGGGCGCAUUACGAUGAGUAUAGUUCGACAUUCGAUAGCCAGGUCCAAGCAAUUUCAACGGUCAAAAACAUUCGAGGAAACAGCCUCGUUUUGUUUACUGUCUUUCAUACGGACCGCGAUCGAAGCGAUAAGCUCGAUCCAGCCCGUUUACGUGGAAAACGAUGCAAAAGACUGACUCCUCUCUCUCUCUCUCUCUCUCUUUUACUCUUACUUUGCGUUGCGCUGCAUGAAAUUUGUUACGGUGCAUAACGUGUGUUGGUGCGUAUGACACGUGUACGACAAUGACGACGACGAGGACGACGAUCGGUCCGGUAUGGAAUUCGAUUCUUGACUAGGGAUGCUGCACGCUCACCCCGUUAUGCAUCGUUGUGUGCGUGCCUGUUAUAGAACUAAAGGGAUACGCUUGCGCCGGACGAUGUCUACCCCAUCUUCCCCUUGACUUCGGGUGAGGGAAAGCGGGGCGUGUGCAAGGACAGAUGGCAGGGCGUCUCUCCCGGGCCGUGUCGCAUGCACUGUCAGUUUCGCUCGGAUACUCGUACACGAGUUUUAUCGUGCUCUGUCUACGCUCGCCGCGCUCCUCGUUCAACGUACCAAACUCACUAAGGAGAGAAGAUCCAUCCGCGCACACGCUUCAGACGCAUACUCCUCUUUUUCCAAUUCGUUCGACAACACGGUCCAUGAAUCAGAAGAAUUAGAUCAUCUACUUUACGUUAAUCGUUCGCUUCGUUUAGUAACGAAAUACGAGUAGAACGUGAGAUUACACCUAGACUUUUUUGUUUUUUCCACCGCCCGUUGCUACGUACAGAAGAAUGAAAAUCAGUUGAGAUCGUUCGAUUUGCAUAGUAGAAUAUAUAUUAUAAGAACACGGUGUACAAGUCGUCGAAUGAAUAUCCCUUUCUUUUAGAUAGUUUUUGUUCCUCAAUUUCAAAGAAUACGAAGAAGUAAAAAAGAGAGGUUUUGUUCAUCUAUGUACCGUUGGUCAAUUAAGUAGUUCACGGAUAAAGGCACGUUCCAGCGGGAAGAGAGAAGUACUAGUGUCACGUAAGUGGGAGUGAGACGGACUAUUAUGGGGAAGAAGUAUCGGGGGCGAUUUCUAUGCAUGCCAACGCGUAGAUCUCGAAUAGCGGAGACAUAAUGGCGACAUUCAGUGAAAAACUAAAGGAAAAUCGGAUGCUUAUCGAUUCGUAUCUCCUUUCACGAGUUUGAUCUCUACACUAGUCUUUGUAUCGCGAAAUGCUGUAUCGAACGCUCGAUUUUGGAUUAUUGCACCAUACCAGGGAGAAGAUUAAAGCAUCGCGGAUGGGAUGGAUCGGUUCGAUGGAAAUAAUUAAUAAGUGAAAGUCUGGUCUCGAGGAAGAGUGAUCACAGAGAACGCGAAAACUCCCUUAUCUCCCACUAUCUCGUCUCAUAUAAACCUCGUAUUACUAUUCCAUUACUUUUCCUUUUUCCCAUACAUCUCGCCGGUUGAAACAAAGAUUGUGGUGGAUUUUUUUGAAAAACGCGACGGUUCUAUCAAGCGACAUCGUGAAUCGAAUAUGAGAGAGAGAAACAAAAAAUGAAGAGUUUAUUUUUUACUCUGGGUCUAUUGUUUUCGGUGCAAAGACUUGCCCGGAGCACAUCCGAUUCCGAGAUGCACGAGAAUCGGGCACUGGAACCGCUCGACCGUGGACCUUACUUUGACAUCUCAGCGUCACGGAAUGUCACCGCGCUGGUUGGCAAAACGGCCACCCUCACCUGUCGAGUACGGAAUCUGGGCGAUCGUACGGUUUCCUGGGUAAGGCACAGGGAUAUCCAUCUUUUAACUGUUGGCGUUGAAACGUAUACAUCCGACCAAAGAUUCGUGGCAUCACACUUUCCCAGAACCGAAGACUGGACGCUGCAGGUGAAAUAUCCUCAGCGUCGUGAUUCCGGGAUCUACGAGUGUCAAGUGUCAACAACACCACCGAUCGGCCAUUCGAUGCACCUCUCCGUCGUCGAACCUGUCACGUCGAUCGUUGGAGAACCAGAGAUGUUCAUAAACAAAGACAGCACCAUGAAUCUCACUUGCGUGGUACGUCACAGCCCCGAACCACCGACCGCCAUUUAUUGGACCCAUGACCACGAGGUGAUCAACUACGAUAGUCCUAGGGGAGGCGUAUCGGUGAUCACCGAGAAGGGAGAAGUUACAACGUCGUAUCUUUUGGUGCAGCGUGCCCAGCGUGCAGAUAGCGGCCAGUAUACCUGCCAUCCCAGUAACGCUAAUACAAAGACAAUCCUCGUGCACGUACUUAAUGACCUUAACGACGCACAAGAACAAUGGCGAGAAAUAUGUACAGUGGAGAAAUACCCUGUGAUAGAAUGCAGACUGGCUUCCUUAAGCAAGCGAUUCCUCGUCGCAGACUAUAAUAGCUAUUGUGCCGCGUUAAUGCGUCUACACUCAGAAAAAUCAGAGAAACACUCGAUGUUAGAGUCACAGGAUACAGAAGAGGCCAUCGUAUGGUGGCAAAAAUGUCUAUCUAGACAGAAAAAGCUUUUAAGGGGAACAUCCAGCAGCGAUGCAACACGGUGGCCAACUGAGGCUGGCAAAUCUGCCAUUCGUAAUGAUCUCAACGACUCUGCUGGCCUUCCUGAAUCAUCGUUAUUGAACCCAGCUACCGUCGUGGGAUCACGAAAUACUCAUUUCAAAUAUUCAUCGAUUAAAUUAAUACGUCACUAGUAGUCGCUUUCUGAAAAUUGGGGAACUUCUGGCCACGCAGAAAAGUGGCUGCUACGAGAAGGAAGUGACAACCAUCUUGAAAGUAUACGAACCACGUUAAAAAGAUAUCGAUGAGAAAUGGAAACCGUAAAGUGAUAUUAUUGGAUCAAGAACACGAGGAGAAAGAUCUGUGAAGGAAGAAUAGAAAAAGGUGAAGGUGGAAUCGGACCAUAUUGCAGCACAACGGAUGCUGAAUGUAUUAUAAGAAAAGUAGUCUGUUGUAACGAAAUAAUAUAAGACUUAAUCUAUUAUAGGGUGUUUCAGAAUUGAAUAAUAGAAUGAUGCAUUUUUAUUUUAUAAAUGAACGUUACGAAAGAAGUUUAUAAAAUAAUUUAUAAGAUAAACUUAUAAAAUAUGAGAGGAAAGUUUUUUUUAGAACGACCACCAUUUUAAGUAAUGGAAGUUGGAUCAAGUUUCAUUUGAUUUAGAUCACUAUAUCCAUAUCUGAAAUUUGACGUGAAAGAAUAUUGAUUUAAAAUAUGGAUACUAUAAUUUAUGUACAGUGUCUCCUCUUUUUUAUCUCAAUUUCGCUUUCAUUUGUAAAGAUACUAUAAUAUAUGUAUUUGGACCAUUAAUAACUAUUAGCAAUAAAAUAAAUUUCUAUUCCUUCAAUAUAAUUUUUCAAUUUUGAGACAUCCUAUAUUUAAAAAAAUAAGAUAAAAAACGAAUAAAAAGUAAACUGUCGAUGGUAAUAAUAGUUCGUUGAAGACGAACCGUUUACUGCUGAACAAACUACGGUUUUAUUUGCUGUGUUACAGUUAUGAGACAAUACAUUGUACUUGCCAAAGGAAAUGUACGAAUUACUGUUGAAAUGCGAUUAAGAUUUUUAACCGUUUCGUCAUAAACGAUUUAUUAUACAGAGUGGGUUAAGUAUAAAGUUGUAUGUUAAUCUUUCAUAAAUCACUAAACAUAUUGACUUCAUAUUUUUAAUUAAAUAGAUCAAAUAGGCUAAUCAUUUGCAAUAAUUUGUUUUAAAUGACUAAGGAAUUAAAAAAAAUACUUCAAAUACAUAUUAUACAGUUUGGUAAGAGUUAUUAUAAAUAAAGAAUCUAAUAUCUAACUCCAUUUAAAAUAAAUGAGAAAAUAUCACUCUACAUUCUUAGAUGUCGUCCUACAAAAAUUUAUUUACAAUAAUUGUCCAUAUGUGCUAUUUAAUUUUUAAAAAAUGUCAAUAUGUACAAUGAUUUCUGAGAAACUAACUUGUAACACUUUAUUUGUCUCACUCUAUAUAUGGUAUAUAGACUAUGUUACAAUUUCUAAAGCACGAGGAAAUACUAGAGAAAAUUUGUUUGUUUUGUGAGAUGACAAAACGGGAGAGGAGGAAUCGUGAAAAUCGUUUUUGACCGUGUAAAUUGAGAGUCCGGAUUAGAGACACGAAAUAAAUCUGGAUUAUCUUCGAAUUCGAUUCGAUUUGAUUCGAUUCGAUCAGAGAAGAAAAUAAGCGUUUCACGCUAGAAAAGACAGUGAUAACAAACUGACAAUGAUGUUUGUUACGAAACAAAAAAACAGCACUAUCAUUUUUUUCGUUUUGUUUAUUGUAUUUUAUUAUUUUGUUGAUAAUUACACGAAUGUCUGGUAAAAAAAUAUAAAUAAGCGGUUUUUCGAUGAAGAUUCACAACAAACAUCAGACUAUGUUCAUAUUAGAAUCACUGUAAAAGGUUAGUCGUGGCUAACAAGAGUAUACUUAGGAAAUUGUCGCUAUGUAUAUCGAAAACCGAAAUUCAAUCGAAAAUAUUGAUCGGUUUGAAAAUUAAUAUGCUAAAAUAUAAUAGUAGAGAUCGCUUGAACUUAAAUUAAUAUUUUUUGGAAUAAACUAAUAAACAAUUGUAUCGAUUGUAGAAAGUCUCCUAUGGGAACCGAACGGGAUUUCUAAUAAGAAUAUAGUUCUGAUUUAGGUGGUUGAAUCGUGAUAUUAGCGGCAAACCAUAAUCCGUUAUCGCAGUAUAGAAAACGUUAAACUCGAAACGUAAAACUGAAAAAAGAUAACCGACUAGGAACAACGGAUACUAUUAAUCUAAUAAAAAAAAAUCAUACACCUAUUCAGUUUUCAGUUUCACGUUGUCUGUUCUGCAAAUACUCUCAAUAAAUGUUACACACGAUCCAUAUUUUUUGGGCAUCCGAGCUCAGGGUAUACUUCCACACCGUUUUCGGUGACGUAGAAAAAUUGCAAUUUAUAAUGUGUUCAUUGUGUAUUAACGCAUCUCGUCGUUGGUGUAUACACACAUAUACAUACAAAAAGAAAAAACAGCAUCGUAAUAGUGAACAAAAAUAAGAAAUCAGUUGUUAGGAUCGUAAGUUCGUUGAGUCACGAGGGUCAAGUUGUACUUAAGGAACUCUCCGUUAUGAAGUAACUAAAUACUUUUCAUCUAUCGACCUAUGAAGCCAGAAAUGGCACAAUAUCGAUGAAAAAAGGAGAAAAAGAAUUGGAUGCGUGGACCCAAAAUUAAAAUCUUUCUAAUUGGACCAGAAUAACGACUGUUAAUAUUUUAUUUAGUUAUAAGUUUUCAAUAAACGUCGGUUACGUACGUACA